AUGAUCCUAGGCCUUCCAGCAAAGUGUAACUUACAUUAUUUGUGCGUUUUCCCGACGUAUUUCAAAGGUCUCUAAUUACUUACAUCUCUAAUUUCUAGUCAUACGUAAUUAGAACUGAUUUUUUCAUUCGAGCUUAAAUUCUUUCCCAACCUUCUUUAACCCCUAACAUAAACAAGAAUUACUGAGGAGUUCCAAAAAAUCUUCCUCCGUGCCAUGCAAAGCAUCGAAAGCUUAUCAUAUGGGCACCUGUAACGCGAUUACAAUGUCACCUGGCAGUCUCAAGAAUCAUGCCAAUAGGAAUGAAGACAAUUUCCCAUCCCCAGUUCCUUGAAUGACAUUAAAACGGAUUGCUAACUGGAUGGAAACCAAGCAAAUUAAAAUAAUAAACAGGAAAUAAUGUCGUUAAAGUAGCAAACUUGAUUCACCUUCUGGUUCGCAGUUGAAACGAAAUAUGGAAUUCAGCUGAAGCUGAAGCUUACAGUUUUGCGAGCCGCGUGCGAUUUCGUUGAGGCCGUGUAACUGGCGAAGAAACGUAGAAUAUUCGAAGCUCGCGUAAGAAAAAUGUGUUUCGAAGGAUGAAACGCUAGAAAUUCCUCUCCUCCGCGCUGCGAAAAUGAGUGUAAAACCUGAUUGAGUGGCUGAAGCGGAAUUUAAGCGCGAAGUUUUUGAACUGAUCACUCUCCUCGGUGUGUGCUUUUCGUGUUAAAAUAUCGGUGUUCUGUGUUAAUGUUCUGAGUGUUCUGUGUUAAAUGUGUCAUACGUGUCGUGUCGAAUUUCCCGUACACGGGUCGCUAUGAUUUCUUCUCACUGCAGCCUUGUCUCCUAACAAUAACAGAAUGUUGGGUGGCGCGGUUGGAAGGCACAUGAGUUUGCGCGGACGCCGGGGUAGCUCGCCCACGCCACCCACGAUGCCUCCGGGCUACCGACGCCAGCGGAGGGGCGGAACCACGUCCGACCACAAAUCCUGCGCCCUCAUCCAGACCAAAAUCAAACUCGGGGAUAUCAUGUUUGCGGCGGCACAGGAGGCAGCCCAACAGCGCGCUGGACGUGAUAAAGCGAUGGGCCAGCACCCGCCCGGCCAGCCCGAAAAGCGGGGACCCUCAUCACUCUUCAUUUUUAGCGAGGACAAUGUUGUCCGUCGCUAUACCAGAUUCAUCAUCGAGUGGCCUCCGUUCGAGUAUGCAGUUCUGCUAACAAUCAUUGCAAAUUGCGUGGUGCUGGCGCUAGAAGAGCAUUUGCCCCAUGGUGAUAAGACUGUCCUGGCUCGGCAGUUGGAAACUACCGAGACCUACUUCUUAGGAAUAUUCUGUGUAGAAGCAUCUUUGAAAAUUUUAGCUUUAGGUUUUGUACUUCACCGCGGAUCCUACCUUAGAAACAUAUGGAACAUUAUGGACUUUUUUGUAGUCGUAACUGGGUUCAUCACCCUUAUCCCAACCAAAUCAUUAGACAUGGACUUAAGAACUUUAAGAGCUAUUCGGGUUCUGAGGCCCCUCAAACUGGUCUCUGGCAUUCCAAGUUUGCAGGUUGUGCUGAAGUCAAUAAUCAAGGCUAUGGCACCACUGCUGCAAAUUGGUUUGCUAGUCUUAUUUGCCAUAGUUAUUUUUGCCAUCAUAGGUUUAGAAUUUUACUCAGGUGGCCUUCAUAAAACGUGUUACAGUCUGUCAGAUCGAAAGAAAAUAGUUCCGGACGGAGAGGCACCGACUCCUUGUAACGCCGACUCCGACUUCGAUCAGAGUAAAGUUCCACCGGGUGCAUACUUAUGCAACGCAAGUAUCUCAACGUGCCUUGAAGAAUGGGAAGGACCCAACUUCGGAAUAACAUCCUUCGACAAUAUCGGCUUCGCCAUGCUCACCGUCUUUCAAUGUAUCACAAUGGAAGGCUGGACCACCAUUUUAUAUUGGAUGAAUGAUGCUUUAGGCAGCCUGUUCAAUUGGAUCUAUUUCAUUCCUCUGAUAGUCUUGGGUUCAUUUUUUAUGCUUAAUUUAGUCCUUGGUGUUCUUAGUGGUGAAUUUGCCAAAGAAAGAGAAAAAGUAGAAAACAGGCAGUCUUUUUUAAAAUUAAGAAGAAAAAACCAAUUAGAAAGAGAAUUGAAUGGCUAUGUCCAGUGGAUAUGCAGAGCAGAGGAAGUAAUUCUCGCCGAAGGUAGAACAACCGAGGAGGAAAAGAAAUAUAUCAUUGAUGCUAGGAGAAGAGCGGCGGCGAAGAGAAAAAAGCUGAAAAACCUGGGAAAGAGUAAAAGCACAGAAACUGAAGAAGAGGCAGAAGAGGAGGAAGAUGGCGAAGAUACGCCAGAUAAAAAAGAUAAUAAAGGUUACAAGAAGAAAAACAAAGGUGCUUGGGUUUCAUUCUGGAACGCAGAGAAGAGAUUCAGGUUUUGGAUCCGACAUACUGUCAAAACGCAAACAUUUUACUGGUCUGUCAUAGUUCUUGUUUUUUUUAAUACUGUCUGCGUAGCUGUUGAACAUUAUGGUCAACCAAAGUGGCUCACCGAUUUUUUAUAUUAUGCUGAAUUUGUUUUCCUUGGCAUUUUCAUGUGUGAAAUGUUUAUUAAAAUGUACGCUUUAGGACCUCGUAUAUAUUUUGAAUCAGCGUUCAAUAGAUUUGACUGUGUUGUCAUUUUGGGCUCAAUAUUUGAGGUCAUUUGGUCGGCACUCAAAGACGGUUCUUUUGGAUUUUCUGUUCUGAGAGCUUUAAGACUUUUAAGGAUAUUCAAAGUCACAAAGUACUGGUCAUCACUGCGUAAUCUAGUUAUUUCAUUGUUAAAUUCAAUGCGUUCAAUUAUUUCUCUUCUGUUCCUCCUUUUCUUGUUCAUUCUUAUUUUUGCCUUACUGGGCAUGCAACUGUUUGGUGGUCAAUUUAAUUUUCCUGAGGGUACACCACCUACCAAUUUCAACACCUUUCCUAUUGCUCUUCUAACAGUCUUCCAAAUUUUAACAGGAGAGGAUUGGAAUGAGGUUAUGUACCAAGGGAUAAAGUCUCAGGGAGGCCACAAAGAUGGUGGAAUGAUUUAUGCUCUUUAUUUCAUAGUUCUCGUAUUAUUUGGUAACUACACUCUGCUCAAUGUAUUCUUGGCCAUUGCCGUCGAUAACUUAGCCAACGCUCAGGAACUAACUGCAGCUGAGGAAGAACAAGAAGAAGAGGAUAAAGAGAAGCAACAGGCGGAACUACAAAAAGAAAUUGAAGCCUUACAAGUAGAUGACGGGAUAUCUCCACCUCGCAAGACCAGCCCGUCGGAGCCCUCAAAAGAACUUGCAGAGGCUCAGAGACAGGAGACAGAAGAAGCUGAGGAAGGUGCUGCAAAACCAAUGCUACCGUACUCUUCGAUGUUUUUUCUCACCUCUACUAACCCGGUGCGGAAAGCUGCUCACUGGGUUGUCAAUCUGCGAUAUUUCGAUUUUUUUAUAAUGAUUGUGAUUUCCCUUAGUAGUAUCGCCUUAGCCGCAGAAGAUCCAGUCAUAGAAGGUUCUUUUCGCAAUGUUGUCUUAAAUCAUUUUGAUUACGCGUUCACUGGAGUGUUCACCGUUGAAAUGUUACUCAAGAUUGUUGAUUUAGGUGUUAUACUACAUCCUGGCUCUUACUUACGAGAAUUUUGGAAUAUUAUGGAUGCUGUUGUCGUAAUAUUUGCUGGCGUUUCAUUAGGAUUUGAAUUAAGUGAUCCGCACAGUUCUGCCGGUCAGAAUCUGUCAACUAUUAAAUCUUUGAGAGUACUGCGAGUAUUACGACCGCUAAAAACAAUCAAGAGGGUGCCGAAACUGAAAGCCGUAUUUGAUUGUGUUGUUAAUUCACUAAAAAAUGUUGUAAAUAUUUUAAUUGUCUAUAUUUUGUUUCAAUUCAUCUUUGCUGUGAUAGCCGUCCAACUUUUUAACGGAAGAUUCUUCUUUUGUAACGAUGAAAGCAAAAUGAACGCCGAAGACUGUCAGGGCUUCUAUUACGUUUAUGAGGCUGAUGACAGUGAAGACGUAAAUUCUGCCAAAUUUCUACCAAGAGUUGAGCAACGCUUGUGGAGGCCGAGAUGUUUUCAUUACGACAAUGUAGCAGUGGCUAUGCUCACGCUUUUCGCUGUACAAACUGGGGAGGGAUGGCCACAAGUAUUGCAAAACUCAAUGGCAGCAACUUAUGAAGACGAGGGUCCAAUACAGAAUUUCCGGAUAGAAAUGUCUAUUUUCUACAUUAUUUAUUUCAUCGUCUUUCCAUUCUUCUUCGUGAACAUCUUCGUCGCUUUGAUUAUUAUCACAUUUCAAGAGCAAGGAGAAGCUGAGUUGCAGGAUGGAGAAAUUGAUAAGAACCAGAAAUCUUGCAUUGAUUUUACAAUCCAAGCUAAGCCACUCGAACGAUAUAUGCCAAAAGACCGGAAUAGUUUCAAAUAUAAAAUCUGGAGGGUAGUAGUAUCUACUCCGUUUGAAUACUUCAUCAUGAUGCUAAUCGUCUUCAACACGCUGCUGCUGAUGAUGAAGUUUCACAAACAAAGCCCUCUAUACAAGAAAGGGCUGCACUACACAAAUAUCGGGUUCACAGGAAUGUUCACCGUUGAGUGUAUUCUGAAGAUUCUUGCUUACGGUGUCAGGAAUUUUUUCAAGGAUCCUUGGAAUACUUUCGACUUCAUCACAGUGAUCGGAAGUGUGGUCGAUGCCCUUGUAAUAGAAUUAAGUGUGGACCCGGAUAUGCAAGGGCCUAAUAGUGCAGGAGGGGAGAAUUUUAUCAAUGUUGGAUUUCUGCGGCUUUUUCGUGCUGCUAGACUAAUCAAACUACUACGGCAGGGAUACACAAUUAGAAUUUUACUCUGGACGUUCGUUCAAUCAUUCAAGGCACUUCCUUACGUCUGCUUGCUCAUCGCAAUGUUGUUCUUCAUUUAUGCAAUCAUCGGAAUGCAGGUUUUUGGUAACAUUGCAUUAGAUGCCGAAACUUCAAUCACGAGGCAUAACAACUUCAGAAGUUUCGUUCAAGGGUUAAUGCUCCUUUUCAGAUGUGCCACCGGAGAAGCGUGGCCGUCGAUAAUGUUAUCCUGUGUAAAAGGAAGGCCUUGCGAUCCAAAAGCUGAAAAGCCACCAAAUGACUGCGGUUCAGUAGUUGCUUACGGAUAUUUUGUAUCUUUCAUAUUUUUCUGUUCUUUUCUCAUGUUAAAUUUGUUUGUUGCUGUUAUUAUGGAUAAUUUUGAUUAUCUGACUCGAGAUUCAUCUAUUCUUGGUGCUCAUCACUUGGAGGAGUUUGUUAGAAUAUGGGCUGAAUACGACCCGAACGCUACGGGACGGAUACAUUAUACGGAAAUGUAUGACAUGCUGAAAAACAUCGACCCACCUCUAGGUUUCGGAAAUAAAUGUCCGUACCGGUUAGCGUUCAAAAAAUUAAUCAGAAUGAACAUGCCCCUGGACCAAGACUGUAAGGUGCACUUCACGACCACCCUCUUUGCCUUGAUUCGGGAAAAUCUCUCCAUCAAAAUGCGGACCGCUGAGGAAAUGGACCAAGCCGAUGAAGAAUUAAGAUGUACGAUCAGGAAUAUAUGGCCACUUCAAGCCAAAAAGAUGAUAGAUCUUUUGAUACCAAAGAAAGAUGAGUUAAAUGCGGGGAAACUAACAGUUGGAAAAAUUUACGGAGGACUUUUGAUCCUCGAAAGCUGGCGAAGUACACGCUUUGGUCAGACAGAGCCGUCAGGACAGUCCGAAUUUGGUGACCAAUGUCCCUCCAAUACUAAUGAGGCGCGUUCGUUGUUCUUUAAUUGUCUCCUGGACGUGGCUGCUGGCACUUGGGCCAACAAUGGUCGAGCACAAGAACAGGAUGACGAAGCAAGCUGUCUUCUGUCGAGGCGCAACACAGCACGUGGCAAACAACCGAAAAAGGUUCUGGAGCUGAAAGACGUGGUGAUAUCCUCCAGGCGCCCUUCGGCCGAGUCGCAAGUGGAGCCGCCUCACCUCCACCCAUCCGCGUAUAGACAUCACCCACCACAUGUUACCACUCAUUUUAGAUCUCAUUCUCCUGAUGUUUGCCAAAGCCCCUCUCCGCACCACUAUCAACAUUAUCAUCAUGAUAUCGGAUUUAGCGAUACAGUUUCGAAUGUUCUAGACAUACAAAAACACGACCAUUAUCUUGCGAGGCGGCACCCUCAUAUAAGAGGAAAUGGUUCCUGGUCGGCGUCGACGAGUCCGGCGCGCUCGCCAAGCCCGUCGCGGGUGUACCCGGCCGGGGGGCGGCACGGCCCCUACGGAACGACGAGCCUGGACCAGCGCUCCCGGUCGCCCUCUCCGCGCUCUUCCGCGCGGCACGGGCACCAGCACAGCUACCCGGUGCUCGUGGUGCGGCGCGGGCAGGGGCGGCGCCUCCCGCCGACCCCGAGCAAGCCCUCCACCCUCCAGCUCCGGCCGUCGUCCAUCAACUUCCCCAAACUCAACCCCUCGCCGACGCACUGCCCGCUCCCGCUGAGCUUCGAGCAGGCCGUCGCCAUCGGCCGCGGCGGGCGCAUCCUCCCCUCGCCCGUCCCCAACGGCUACAAACAGCAGCUCCGCCGACAUAGUGAUAGCGAUGAGGACGACUGGUGCUAGCCUUUGCUCUUUGGCAGCAGUAGUUUGCGGUCCCUCUCGUCCUCGACACCCUAAGUCACUCGCCCUAACCCCUGAAGUUGCGCCCUUUUACAUGUGGAUUGCAUUUUGCAAAAAGGAACCACUAGCAUUGCAAUGUUGCUUAGAUUGUGCAACAUCUUUUGUCUUGGAGGAAAACCCGAUUAUACAUUAAUAGUUUAUAUUUUACUCGCUAAAAACUGUAAAUUUAAGACAGAAAUUACCAUCUAAAUUUCAUAGUUUUUCACGAUUUCCGCAAUUUUAUUGCAAAAGAUGAAGUUGCACAAUCUUAGCAUCAUUGCAAUGCUAGUGGUUCCUUUUUGCAAAAUGCAAUCCAUGUAUAACUCUGCAUUCUGCCUCGAGGCCUAGACUACCUAUCAAGGGUGCACUGAAAAAAAAAAGAUUGGUAGCAUUUACCAUUCCUUCACGCUGUAUUUCACGCAGCGUCAAUUCAGAGU